AUGAAGAGCUUCCCCACGGCUUUCCCUCUUUUCUUGGUUUUUAUCCUGAGUGUUCAUCUCGGAGCUGCUGCACGUGGCAGUGAUGUGGCUAAGUUCUGCUGCUUUCAAUACGCCCACAAGAUCCCUCCCUGGAGGUGGGUGGGUAACUAUGAAUUCACCAGAAACAGCUGCUCCCAGCAGGCUGUGAUAUUCACCACCAAAAGAGGCCAGAAACUCUGUGCAACACCGAAGGAAGCAUGGGUGCAAAAAUACAUUUCU